UUAAAUAUGCUGUCUCUUUGUCACACACACACACACGCACACAGAGCAGAGAUUAGCCGCUGUAUGGGACCUCAGGGAAUCUCAUUCUCAUGGAAAAACCACUUCUUAAUUCUAAUUGGUGGCCAGUGUAAAUCCUCCACUCCCAUUUAAAGCAGCAGUCAGCAGUUUGUCUUCCUGCUGCUUCACAUGUUCCUCAGACUUUCAGCAUUCACCUUCACAGAUGAUAGACCGCAGUAUAGAGAAAUUAUCUGAUGGUAUAAGCUUUUUGUUUUUGUUGUUGUUAGUGUUUUUGUUUCGGGGCUGUUUAUUGAUAAGUCGGUCACAUUAAUUAUUAUGGCGUCCGCUGUGGCUCCUGUGACAGCAGAAAGCAAGCCGGCGUUCUCCAUCGAGCGGAUUCUGGGUUUGGAGCUGGAAAGACCUGGAAACUGCCUGAAACUCCACCGACCCUGGGCAGAGCGAGAAGAGAAGGAGAACAGAGGAAACAGCUGUGCUUUAAACAACAUUUUUAUCAGAAAACAACAACAACAAAAUCAUGCUGAGCAGCUGAACUCUGCCAGGCCGACAUCCAGCUGGUACAUCGGACGCAGACCACGUACCGCCUUCACCAGCAGCCAGGUGAAUGUACUGGAGACAGUGUUUCAGGUGAACUGUUAUCCGGGGAUCCAGCUGAGGGAGCAGCUGGCGGGCAGACUCGACCUGGACGAGGACAGAAUACAGAUCUGGUUUCAGAACCGGCGGGCCAAACUGAGGCGAUCGCUCAGAGAAACUCGUCUGCAGCUGGUUCAGACGGCCGUGGCUGACCUCGGGGUCAGACACGAGGUCAUAGGUCAUCUGAAGGCUGGGCGGGAUGCGGGAGGUGACCUGCAGCUCGCCCAGCGGCUCGCCUCUCAUCUGCAGCUGGAGGUGGAGGAAGAGGAGGAGUGAUG